GUGGAAUUCCCUCAUGCUGGAGUUUGCACUGGAUGCUUUUACAAAGCUGGAUACUCUGGUAAUGAUAAUAAUUUAAAAAAAAACAACAACCCACAACCAUAUUCCUUGAAUGGGGAUGGAGUCUGCGGCCUUGCGAGCAGGCGUUAUUAAUGUGCCAAUUGCUCUGAUAUGAUCACAUACACAGGGAGCAGUGUGGGCUGAUGGAGUAAAAACUAGCCUGGGCAAUCUUUACGAGCUGAAAUCCUGCACAUCCCAGAAGGGUUUGUUUCUCUCCGCAGAGUUUGUGAGGCUAUUCGAAAUCUGCCUCAAAACCAACCAGCCAAAGAACCCCCAGAAGCCCUGUUGCACCAGACUUCCCCGUGAGCUGGCAGGGAUGGUUUUUUGUUUGUUUGUUUUUUUGACAGAAACUUGCGUGUAACUUUCCCUGGAGGAAGAGACGAUUUUUGUGAUUGUUCUUGCGGUAUUUUAAAACUGAGAAACUAGUAGAGUCUCUUCAGCCGUCAUGAGUGACUGACAACUCGGAGUUUGUGUGGGGGUGUUUGGAAGCUACAAGCAGCUAACGCUCACGGCGUGGGAGCCCCCAGAUGGGACUAGAUCCACGCUCCGGUGCUCCUUAUGGGGUUGAAGUCAGUACCGAGGUGAGUCAUGGCUGUGCGAAAGGCUGUGACCUGUGCUCUGAGUUCAACGGGUGCCUGAAAUGUUCCCCCAAACUCUUCAUACUGCUGGAGAGGAAUGACAUCCGACAGAUCGGGAUCUGCCUGCCCUCCUGUCCGCUGGGGUACUUCGGUGUUCGCAAUCCAGACAUGAACAAGUGCAUAAAAUGCAAAAUUGAGAACUGUGAGGCCUGUUUCAGCCGAAACUUUUGCACAAAAUGUAAGGAAGGUUUGUACUUGCACAAAGGGAGAUGUUAUUCCACCUGCCCAGAAGGCUACUCUGCUGCCAAUGGCACUAUGGAGUGCAGCAGUCCUGCACAAUGUGAACUGAGCGAGUGGGGCCCCUGGGGCCCGUGCGCCAAGAAAAGGAAGCUGUGUGGCUUCAAGAAAGGCAACGAAGAGCGAUCGCGGAAGGUUCUGCAGGCUCCCUCUGGAGAUGUGUCCAUGUGUCCUGCCACGACAGAGCUCCGGAGAUGCACCGUGCAGAAGAACCAGUGCCCUGAAGGAAAAAGGAAGAGAAAGGAAGAGCAAGAAAAGCGAGAUAACACGAAUGGAAACAGAAACCAGAAAGACACCAAAGAUGCCAAAUCUGGCACCAAGAAAAGGAAAGGCCAGCAGAGAGGGACUGUGGUCCCCAUGACUCCUGCUAGCCCUGCUCAAUAGCUGCCCCUUUACAGUCACAUGAUGGCAAGAGUUCAUUGCUGCUAUGUAUAUGAAAGCUUUAUCGAACCGGAGCACUGCUACACAACGUACACAAUCAGAAAGAUACAGAAACUACAUAUUCACAUAAAGACUGACAGAGAUCACACACAUACGCAACACAGACUGCAAAGCGCAAACUUCUAAGAAGAGGAGUAAGAAAAUAUAAGAGGUGAAGCUUAAAUGCCAAGGACUUUACAAUGGGAAGCUGGGGAGAAAGUGUGACCAGAGUGGAGGGCAGUGAUGCAGAUAUUCCUGAUUAAAUGUCUCAAAUAGAAGUCAGCCAUGUAAACCCCAGCAUAACGCAGCUUCAGCCAGAGACUAGAACUGAUUUGCUACUAUUCCAAAUCAAAGGAUCUGGAAUCGCGCAAAGGCAGUGGCCUGUUUCUAUUCCCCCUUCCUUUAUUCUGUGUUUUAAGCUGUAAGAGAAUAUAUGUUAAACCUUUGUGAGAAGAGGUCAGAGAUGUCUGCCCUGAAAUGGCUUCAAAAAUUUAUUUCAAAUUAAAAAAAAAA